AUGUCAUUUCUUUCAUAUGUUGGAAGACAAAAAGUGCGCAUUUUGGUACUUCUUGUUGUGGUUGGUCUUGUGUUCUAUUCGCUUAAAAAUGCCUUCUCUCUCGGAAAUGAAUUUUUAAGCGAAGGAAGCGCCAUACCAAAAGCCCCUUCACCUUUAAACUCAUUGUGGCCAAACAACUUACAUGUAGAGAAUGACUAUUGGUCAAGCGUAUUCCAAUUGUUCUCCGAAAACCGACCAAAAAUCCCCAAUUUGGAGUCCAGUGAACUUAUUCGUUACACGGAAAAAUCGAAGCAGGUGAAAGGAAAAACCCGCGCAGCUUUAUUGUCGAGAGCGGUGAUUUCGGACAAUACUCUCAAGGAACUUCAAACAAAGCAUCAGCAGGUUUUGCGGGAUCUUCCUGUACAAUCGUUAUGGAAGACUUACCGGAAAGGUUCCAAGGGCAUAGUAAUGGUUGGAGGAGGACGCUUUUCGUGGCUCUCCUACUUGUCCAUUCAAGAGCUUCGAGCAACUGGUCUGAACAUUCCCGUAGAAAUAAUGCUUCCUUCUUUUGAAGAUUUUGAGAAAGAAACAGACUUUUGUGUCAAGGUCUUGCCCAAAAUUAAUGCCCGUUGCCGGAUAAUUCCUGAAAUUCUCGGUCCCACGGUAAUGAAGAAUUGGUCCUCUGAGUUGGCAUCCUACCAACUAAAAUCGUUGGCCAUGAUAGCAUCGUCCUUUCAGCAUAUUCUUUUGCUUGAUUCUGAUAAUAUGGCAAUACAAAAGCCAGACGACGUAUUUGAAAGCAAGCUUUAUCAAGAAUGUGGUAUGAUAACCUGGCCGGAUUAUUGGAAACGAACAAUUUCACCACACUAUUACGAUAUCGCAGGAAUCAAGGUUAAUGAGCACCUCCGUGUCUGGUACAAUCGAAUGCCACUUCAUGUUGUUGGAACUUCCAAUGUCGAUGAUGUCAACUCCGUUCCUUAUCAUGAUCUCGAAGGGACGGUACCAAACCCUUCUACAGAAUCUGGCCAGUUGUUCAUCAACAAGGAACUGCACGCCCACACAUUGAUGCUAUCAUUGUACUAUAAUGUCUUUGGACCUCACUUGUAUUAUAAAUUGUUCUCCUUGGGUGAGCCUGGAGAGGGUGACAAAGAUACAUUUUUAGCUGCUGCUGUUGCAGCAAACCAGUCGUUUUAUCAGGUAAAGUCGCUAAUAAGGACAUAUGGUUACUUUGAUAAAAAUGGCGAAUUUCGUGGCGUGGCAAUGGGACAGAAAAGUCCAUUAAUUGAUCACAGGAAAUACAAGGCUAACUUUAUCGAUGUGCCAUAUCCUACUAAACCAAAAUCUUUUAAGGAACAAGCCAAGCAUAUUGACGACGUCAUGGGAAAAGAGUUCGACACCCAUGAUGUUGAGUCGGUGAUGUUUUUGCAUUGCAACUUUCCGAAGCUUGACCCUUUGGAUCUCUGGAGUCGGGACGAAUUAUAUGACAAGGAUGCCAAAAAGCUUCGGUAUAGGUUGUUCAAUGGAUUAAGUUACAUCAGACCUGGGGAAAAGGAAGGAAAGGACGACAAGAAAGUCGAUUUUGAGUUAGACCAAUGGUCUCGGAUUCACAGAAUUUUAUGCGAAGAAAGAAUUGAGUUUCCUCAUCUUAAAGACCAAAACAUGGAAGAGCUUUGCACAUUUGCCAAAAACCAAAUUGACUGGCUUUCGGGUAGCGGUGAAAAAUUAGGACGACUGAUGUAA